UCGCUAGUUCCACUCACCGCUGUUUUACUCUCUGCCAAGUGCCAACUCCCGGGCUCCCUCACGCCGCAAAACCUGAGAAGCAUCCGCUUCUCCCCCGUUCACACAUUAUCACAAAUACUUGACUAUCAUUUCAAUCCCUACGCCAAAAAUCCUAGAAAAACCAAUGGCCGGAAUCCCCAUCAAAUUUGGCAUUCUGGGCUGUGCCGAUAUUGCCCGGAAAGUUUCCCGGGCCAUUACACUUUCCCCCUACUCCACCCUCUACGCCGUAGGCAGCCGUUCGGUGGAAAAAGCCUCAAACUUUGCGAAAGAUAAUGGCUUUCCGGCUUCAGCAAAGGUAUACGGCAGUUAUGACGCCCUUCUAGAUGACCCAGAUGUUGACGCUGUUUAUGUGCCGUUGCCGACCAGCUUGCACAUAAAAUGGGCAGUUUUGGCUGCUCAGAAGAAAAAGCACCUGCUUUUGGAGAAACCAGUGGCCCUUAACGUUAAAGAAUUUGAUGUGAUCCUGGAGGCGUGUGAAUCCAGUGGGGUGCAGUUCAUGGAUGCUACCAUGUGGAUGCAUCAUCCUCGUACUGCUAAAAUGAGAGAAUUCCUAAAUGACCCUCACCGGUUUGGUCAAUUCAAAUCGGUUCACAGUGUCUUCACAUUUACUGCUGAUCCUGAUUUCCUGGAAAAUGAUAUUCGGGUGAAGCCUGAUCUGGAUGCUCUAGGUGCUCUUGGUGAUGUUGGGUGGUACACAAUCAGAGCAAUUUUGUGGUCUGUUGAUUUUGAGCUACCAAAAUCGGUAAUUGCAGUGCCUGGUCCUGUCUUCAACAAAGCAGGGGUAGUUUUAUCAUGUGGAGCUUCUUUAUAUUGGGAAGACGGGAAAGUGGCUACUUUACACUGCUCUUUCCUGUCCAACAUGACGAUGAAUGUAACUGCUAUUGGAACAAAGGGUUCUCUGCACCUUUGUGACUUUGUUAUCCCUUUUGAAGAGGAAAAGGCUUCAUUUUCGACCAGUGUUGAAUCGGGUUUCACUGAUCUUGUGACUGGGUGGGCGCCCAAGCCGAGCGAGCAUGUUGUCACAACAGAUCUUCCCCAGGAGGCUCAAAUGGUAAAGGAGUUUUCAAGAUUGGUUGGACUCAUCAAAGCUGAGGGUGCAAAGCCAGAAACCAAAUGGCCAACCUUCAGCAGGAAGACUCAACUAGUUUUGGAUGCAGUCAAGACAUCGAUUGACAGGGGCUUUGAAUCUGUUGAAGUUAUUAGCUGAUUGCACUGUAUUGCGUUGCCCAUUGGGCAUUUAUCUUGAAUAAGAUGUUGAUUGCUCCUUGUAAAGAAGAUUCUUCUUUGUUUGCCAUUGGAUUUCAUUUCGAGCUUUGAUUUAUUAACAGCGUCAAAUUUGUUUCUUCA